AUGCUCAUAUUUGUCUCUGAGUCCGACCUCGGAACGCUUAGGAAGCAGGGAACGAUGCAGGGAAUUUACUCUUUCGGUGGAAGCAUCGCCCAGUGCAUGGCCCCUAUUCUAACAACGUAUUUGUUCGAGUAUUCCGGCUACAAAUACGUGAUCGUCACGCAGAUAUGUACACUGGGUCUGGCACAUGUGUUGAUCAUUGCUUUCUAUCAUCGCCUAGUUCCGUUAAAAAUGAAGCCAGUACCGGGCAAAGCUGCAAAAUACAAAGAUGGUGUAUUCUAUGCAAUGUGA